AUGAAGACUUAAACAUCAAGUUAAUCACAAUCAUUUACUAGAGUUCCAGCUAAUAAACACACCACUUAAUGCAAAAAAGAAUCUAAAUCCAACAAAGCAACUGAAUUGAAACCUUCAAAUAAGCAUUAUCAAACUCUAGCUCAAAAGCAUGAAAAGAUUUCUCACAAUAAUAAUGUUUUUAAUGGUAAAAAUAUGUCUGAUCAUACCAAGGCUUCCAAUUACUAUCAAGUCAAAGCUUAGCCUUAACUAGCCACAAGAUAACAAACAAUAGCCUAACAAUCAAUGAGAUAAUAAGCUGCUGUUUUCAAAGACAUUAAUGGUUAGCCUUAAGCAUUUACUAGAGAUAUGCUUAAUUAGUUUUAUGAUGAUAAUGCUACUAUAAAAGUUUCCAAAAUGCCCUCUAAUUUAGUAGAAGUACCAAGAGUUAAUGAAAAAUACGAAAUCUCAUCUUUCUUUAGUCAGCCUUAUCCAUAGUAAUACCUAGAUAAUUUAAGAACACUAGGCAUGAUGGAUAAUAAAAGUAAAGAUCCUAUUUUGAACCUUAAUCCAACAUUCUACACUAAUUCUCUGCAAUCUAAUCAAACCUAAAGUCAACUAAGAAGUCUCGACCCAUACAAUGAUAUAUUCAACAAACAAAAGGACUAUCACACAACAACCUAAUAAAAUGCUUAUAUCAAAGACUUUAUCUAUAGAACCGACUUUGAUCACCCCUUAUCUUUCCAUAAUUAAACUAUUGAUCCAAAUUUCAUGCCUUAAUUACAAGUUAAUUUCCCACCAUUGGUAACAGAAAAGACUUUGAAAAAUACUACUCUGGUAUAAAAUGGAUUUUAUAGCAAGGAACCUUUGACUCUUAAUUCAAACAGCUUUAAGGAACCAAGGAACUAAACUUUCGUUUAAACUAUGGAUGAGAGAAUGAUGCCUUUCAAUGAUAAGGAAAACUACAAUGGUGGAAAUGUAUUCUAGCAAUAAAAUCUACUUUAUCAAGCUAAUCAAGAAUUAUUGAUGGAUAUUGAAGCAAAAUAAAAAGAAUAAGAAUAUCAGUAAUAUAUGUCAUAAAAGCAGUAACAAGAGUUGCUAGAAAACUAGCGAGUAAAUGAAGUUAGUCCAGGUGGAACUAAAAGAAUAAUUCCAUUGAGAAAUCCCUCAGUAUAAUCAUUAUUUGACAAGCAUCCAUUCAGUAAGAAUAACAAUAAUACAGGAUAAUACAGUAUCUCUCCAGGUAAAGAGUCUUAAAGCUCUCCUAUUCCUAGAAUAGAAGAUUAAUACAUUCCAGAAUCAGAACAAAAACAAGAGAGACUGCCAGAAAAGAGAUUGGUGCUAUCGAUUCAAAUGAGAGAGGAAGAGUCACCUGUGAGAAGUAAUAACAAUAAUAGUAUACAAGGAUAUGGAAACGAUUAUUAGAGCUCUCCAGAGUACCAAGAAGAUCCAAUGAUGCAACCAAGAGGACUCAAUCUGUUUAAUGAGAAUUUUAGUUCAAGCAAGUAUCUCGAUAAGUAUCCAGCUAUGGAUGAGUAAUGUAGAAAAGAUCUACCUCCUGCUACUUUCACUAAUGACAGCAGAUAGAAAAAUAAUACUAUUUCCCCAUAAAAGAGUGUUAGAUUUGAUAAUAACACUAAGGUUGAUAUUAAGCAGCCUAAUUCAUAAUAGUAUAAUGUCAAUGAAAAAUUAGCUAGCAGUGGGAACAGCUAAGAACAGAGAAGUAACAAAUCUAAGAGAUCUAGAGGUCAGAGCAGUGAGAAAAGAUAAUAACUAGAUUCUGAAGAUGAAGACGAGUAUGAUGAUGAAGAGGAUGAGGAAAGUGAAGAUGAAGACUAGGAUGAGAGUGAUGAUGAAGUUAUGGAUCACAAUUUGCAAGACAAAAUUGAGAAAAUUAAGAAAAAUUUAAAGGAUACUAAUUCUGAUAGCUCAAAUAUAGUAGGUGGUAGCAGAGAUGAUACCAUCAAUAAGCUUGAAGAAGUACUCAAAAGAUAGAGAGAUAGACUUGAAAAUAUGACUAUUACAAAUAAAUCUGGUGGGGCAGUUUAGUCUAGUGAUCGAUAAUACUAGACGCAAAUGACUAAUAACCAUGGAUCUGAACUAACUUAAAAUUUUGAUCUAUCAAAAACUUCACCAAUGGAUACCGUCAAAACUUCUAAAAGACCUGGAGGAGCCCAGCCUAAUUUAGAGAAAGCCUAUGAAGAUUUAGAGAAAGAAAUAUUUGAGAUUAAGUCGAAGCUAUAAUAGUCUUUAGGAGCAAGCCAGCACAAUGAUAUUUCUUCUUAAAGAUAAUUUCAAUCAGCUGCUCAAAGUAUGAAUCACACAUAUGCCACUAAAAACGGAUCUUAGGGCAACUUGAAUGAUAAUGCUAGACACUAAAAGCAAAGUAUGAGAAGUACACAAGGUCCAGGAGCUCAUCCAAGCUAAUAUGCUGGAAGGACGAGUUCGAAUUUCAGAUCUCCUGGUGAGCUUGAAGAACAUGAUUAUAGUCUAAGCGUCAGUGAUCUUAAUAAUAGCAUGUACAAUUCAAGCAGAGGAUUAGGCCAUGGAUCAAAUGGUUUCUAGAAUCUGCAAGGAUCAGAUGGAGUUAUUCCACCUAAAUUUAAAUAUUGA